CGACAUUGCAACGACUCCAACCUUGUGAAGAAUUGCAAAGUUGUCUAUACUUGUUAUGUGCUUUUACGUAUCUUUACUGUCCAAAAAGGUUGCCAUUGAUGAACUAUAGCCAGACAAUAAUUGCAGUUUACAAGUUACUCUCUCAUGUGGCUGUCACUUAUGUUUGAUCAAUUUUUCAGUACUGUCGGGAGCCCUAUAGCAGACAUGGACUGUAAGUCUUGCUCUAGGUGUACUGCGAUAACUAUUUAAAUAAAUCAGAUCCUUCAGCUUCUAGCAUUACUUGUAGAAACAAAACUUUUAGGGUAAGGGUUACACGAGAGUUAUCAGCUUACAUAUCUAUUGAACAAUUGUGGAGACUGGCGACUACCAUCUGUGACUCCCAAUAGCUGUUUUCAUGUCGACAUUAGACAUUACUCAGAAGGUCAUGAGAUCAAUAUGUGUGGUGAUAUUUAGCAUUUAGGCAUAAACUUUUGCCUUUCUGGUGUUUGGUUUUAUUAACUUCCAUUGAUGAAUGCAUUCACUUGACUUAAUAUAUUCUAUCAAAUAUUUUGAAAGCCGUCUAGGGAUCCUGAACCCUUUUCUUUCUUGUAAGAUUGUACAUGUAGCAUCAUACUCGCCAUCAUCCCUGUAUAGGAACCAGGAGUCCAGGACCACUAUGCCAUUGGCCCCUUCAAGUUAGACAAUUAUGUAAGGGGUAAAUCCUUUAUUUUUUUUACAGGAAAGCAAUUGCAUUAUUUUAUGCUUCACUUCCAGUAUUUUCUUAUUAAGUUCCUUCCUGGAAGGUAUUAGGGUAGUGCACAUUUUACUGCAAGCCAGUCUCAGGUCGUUUCAGAGAAUAGCAGAUGAUCAUGGAACCUAUAUUUCUUCUGAAUCCUUCUGAGGUUUGUUUGAUAGUAGCAGAGGAGCAAGUGAGAGGGCAAAGAUGGAGCAUGUUCCUCUUUUGAGUCCUUAUGAAAUGGGAAGGUACACUUUAUCACACAGAAUUGUGCUGGCACCAUUAACAAGAUCAAGAUCAUAUGAAGCUACAGGGGUAUCGUCUGAUGCUCAAGGCAUUAACAACCCAGGGAUCUGGACUAAGGAACAAGUAGAGGCCUGGAAGCCUGUUGUGGAUGCUGUGCAUGCAAAGGGUGGAGUAUUCUUCUGUCAGAUUUGGCAUGUAGGAAGAGCAUCUGACUUAGAGCAAGAACCCAUCUCGAGCACGGACAAGCCGGUGGAAAAGAAUGAAUUUACCAAUAUGGAUUUUCCUGUCCCAAGACGGUUAACUGUUGACGAAAUUCCUCAUAUCGUCGAUCAUUUCAGAAAAGCUGCAAGAAAUGCUAUAGAUGCUGGGUUUGAUGGGGUUGAAAUUAACGGUGCGCGCUUCCUCCUCGAGCAGUUCAUGAAAGACGGCGUCAACGACCGCACCGACGAGUAAGGGGGCAGCCUGGAGAACCGCUGCCGCUUCGCCCUCGAGGUCGUCGAGGCCGUGGCCGCCGAGGUUGGGCCCGACCGCGUCGGGCUCCGCCUCUCCCCUUACCCUUACCUCAGCUACUUCGGCUGCCGUGGCUCCGACCCGGACGCGCUGGGCAUGUACAUGGCGCAGGAGCUGGACAGACGCCGCAUCGUGUACUGCAGCGUGGUGGAGCCCGAGAUGACAGCCUCGCCGGCGCCGAGGGUCCCGAGGAGGCUGCACGGCAUGAGGAAGGCCUUCGGCGGGACGUUCAUCGUUGCCGGAGGGUACGACAGGGAGGAAGGGAACAGAGCCGUGGCCGAUGGGUACGCGGACAUGGUGGCCUUCGGUCGCCUGUUCCUGGCGAACCCUGACCUCCCCAGGAGGUUCCGGCUGGACGAUCCUCCUCUCAACAAGUAUGACCGGGCGACGUUCUACACCGGCGACCCUGUCGUCGGGUACACGGACUACCCUUUUCUUGAUGGUGAUGGUGAUGAUGAUGAUUGUGAGGCGGUGAGUGUCACACGGGCUGAGUGAUGGACUGAUGCUUACGGCGUAUUGCUGCUGUUGCUGCUGCUGUUUAACAAACGGUGAAAUAAUGCUCUCUAAACCUCUGUGUUUGGGUGGGAGAACAAGAUGCAUUGCAAGUUUGUGAAUUUUCACAUUAUAAGUAUUUUGGUGAUUGCCUUAGGGGAGUACCUAGACCCACUAAAAGCUGGUUUUAUUUGGUGUUAGUGCACUAUGUUAGUCAAUUUGGUGUUAUCAAAAUGAUAUACUAUUUGAUAACAAUAAAUUCUCUAACCCUAUGCAAGUUGUUUUCAUGUUUUCUGGCUAGCUCCAAAUUCUAAUAUUGCUAUAUGAUGUUAUCACAGAAGGAUCAUGGCAUUGCAUGCAAUGGUGUUACAUUCUUAGAAUCAAUUGUCAAAUAUCUCUUGUUCUAUUGUGUAUGGCGUAACACAUAUAGACUUGUAAGAAUCUUGGUGAUUUUUUGAGCCAUUCAGUUGUUU